AUGAAUGUCGACAAAAUUGCUUCCUUAGUUUAUCUUGCUGAUAAUAGCAAAUCAAACGAUGAAAUUAAUUCAAAUGAUACUACAAACUUGGCAAAUAAUAAUCAAUGCAAUGACAACAAUUACAUUGUUGCACAUUCCCCAACGAUUCCUAAUAAGAUAUAUCUUUUACCACGGAAGCGUGCAAGGAAAGUUUCCAAAGGAAAAAAUCAUGCUCAAGACAACAAUUCUCAACAAGGUUUGCCAACAGAUAUAAUGAAUAUCCAGAGCGAUGAUUCACAAGAUUUGCAAACAGAUAAUAUGCAAAUCGACACUGUUUUACCUGAUUCGCAACCAGACGAUCAAUCUGAGUGGAAUAUUAAAAGUACAAUUAACAAAUCUAAAAGAGACCGGCCACGUACACUUCCUGAUUUUAUGAUCGAAAAACGUCCAAGGGUGGCUCUUACAAAUACGUCGGAAGACGAUUCGUUCUUUACAGACGAAGAUAUAAGAAAACGCCAAAGAGUCAAUUAUUCCCAAAAAUCUGCUCGAGCAUCAUCUACAGGCAAAAAAGCACCAUCAAUACGUUGUGAAUGUGGCAGGCCCGUCCAACCGACUAUAUCGGUGGAACAACUAUUAGCCAGAAAGUCGAAAAAGUAG